AUGAAUAUCAAUUUUUCAAAAGAUGAUAUUACAGGAUUACCAAAAUCAACCAAAGAAGAGGAUGAAAAUGAUUUCUCAAGUUUAGAUUAUAGUGAUCUCUUUAUGGAUGUAGAAAUUGGUAGAGGCUCAUUUGGACAAGUUCAAAAAGCUAGUUAUUUUGGUACAGAUGUUGCAGUUAAACAAUUAAGUACUUUAGUAUCAAUUGAUCCUGAUUAUUUUAAAUUUAUGUUAAGAGAAAUUAAAAUUUUAAAGGGUAUGAGACAUCCAAAUAUUGUUCAAUAUAUUGGUGCAUGUUGUCAUGAAGGAAGAUAUAUGAUUGUAACAGAAUAUAUUAAAGGUGGAGAUUUACAUCAAUUUAUUAAAGCACGUGGUGUAUCAAAUAUUUCAUGGACAUUAAGAAUGAAAUUAGCAUUAGAUAUUGCAUCAGCAUUUUCAUAUUUACAUUCAAAAAAAGUUAUAUUUAGAGAUUUAAAAGCAAAGAAUAUUUUAGUUGAUGAGAUUGGAGAUGGAUUAUAUAGAGCCAAAGUUAUUGAUUUUGGAUUUGCACGUAUUUUCGAUGGAAAAGAUACCAAUAAUUUAACCAUUUGUGGAUCAGAGAAUACAAUGUCACCAGAAGUAAUCGUUGGUUCAUCAUAUAAUGACAGUUGUGAUGUUUACUCUUAUGGUGUUUUAUUGUUGGAAUUAAUUUGUGGAUCACGUGUCGUCAAAACUCAAUUAAAGAGAACUCCAAUGAAUGCUUUCGAUAUGAAUCUUGAGAAAGCUGAACAUUUAGCACCAGAAUCUUGUCCAAGAGCUUUCAUGGAUUUAGCAAAAUGGUGUUGUUCUUAUAAUCCAAAAGAUAGACCAACAUUUAAAAUCGUUGUUGAAGGUUUAAAAGUUUUAACAAAUCAACAAUUAAAAGAUUUACCAGUUAAAGGUAAAUCAAAACCAUAUAUUGAUCCUGAUGAGGAUUCAUUCAUUGACCCAAAUGAUGACAGUAAUAAUAAUAAUAAUAGUGAAAAUAAUAAUAAUAAUAAUGACAAUAGUAAUGAAAAUAAUGAAAAUAAUAAUGAAAAUAAUAAUAAUAGUAAUGAAAAUAAUAAUAAAAAGAAUAAAAAUGGAAGUGGUGGUGAUAUUUCAGGAUCAUCAGUAAUAAUAAAAACAGAUGAAGAAGAAUCAUUUAAUUCAGUAGUAUAUAAAGAACAUGCAGUUGCACAACCUUUACCAAACAUUGAUUAUGGUGGUCAAAAUAAAAGACAAAAUAAUAUAUUCAAUCCUUCAUUUUUUACACCACCACCAAACUCAAAAUCAAUGAUGGAUUUAAAGCAAUCAUCCGCCGUUGAUGAAGAUGAAGAUGAGGAUGAAGAUGAUGUGCCAUCUGAAUUAUUAACAUCAUUAACUGUUAAUGAUAUUAGAUAUUCAAAUCCAAAAUCAUUUGCAGCAACCAUUUCAACUCCAAAUUUAAAUUAUGCAACCGCUUUAGAUCAAGAUCCACCAAAACCAUUAUCCCAAUCCGCUUGUGCAACCGUUUUAGGUGGUAUUCCUCCAAUGCAACCAAAAAAAAAGCCAAAUAAUAAAAAUAAGAAAAAGAAGAAGAAGUUAUAA